UCUGUCUUUGAAUUCCUUGUUGGGUAAGGCUCUGUCUUUGGGAUGGGCGGCCCAGCAAGGGCUCUACUGGGUGGGUUCAGUACAACCACGUCUUCACUGGAGGUUGGAAGUCGGAUGGCUUGGCCGAGCAACAACCCCCUCGACCUCAACCAAACCCUCUCAUGGGGGAUCGGGCUUGGAGGCGGUGGUGGAGGUGCGGCGGCCAUGAGUGGAGGCGUGGACAAUUUUACCCAGGAGUCUGUCACAAGGACGGUGAUUAAAGAGAAAAACUGGCCGGCCCUGCUCAUACUCGUCAUCAUCGCACUGACAAUCGGUGGAAACAUCCUGGUGAUUCUGGCAGUGUCGCUGGAAAAGAAGCUCCAGAACGCCACCAACUUCUUCCUGAGGUCACUGGCUGUGGCGGACAUGCUAGUAGGCAUCUUGGUUAUGCCAGUCUCCCUCAUCAACAUCCUCUAUGACUAUGCCUGGCCCCUCCCCAGCGCUCUGUGUCCCAUCUGGAUCUACCUGGACGUCUUGUUCUCCACCGCCUCCAUCAUGCACCUGUGUGCCAUCUCCCUGGACCGAUACGUUGCCAUCCGCAACCCCAUCGAGCACAGCCGCUUCAACUCCAGAACCAAAGCCAUGAUGAAGAUCGCCGCUGUCUGGACCAUAUCUAUAGGUGUGUCGAUGCCUAUCCCGGUGAUCGGCCUCCACAACGAGGACAAGGUCUUCGUCAACGGCAGCUGUGUCCUCAACGAGGAGCGCUUCAUGCUGAUUGGCUCCUUCGUGGCCUUCUUCAUCCCACUGGUCAUAAUGGUGGUGACAUACUGCCUCACCAUUCAGGUGCUUCAGAGGCAGGCCACUGUCUUCCUGUGCGAAUCGAAAACCUCCUCCCAGCAGCCUUUGCACACACCAGCAAUGUCAAAUACUUUAAAACCGCCUACCAGCACCUUCAGCAUUCCUCAGAUCAACACACUUGCUCCUUCAGACUCAGAAGAGCUAAAGCCCCCGCCUCUCCAGAGCAGAAGGAACACCUUAAGCUGUCUUAAAGGCGCAGAGCCCGUCAUGCUGCUCAGCGUCUCCACGCCAGACAGCCUCAGCAUCAUCCCCAGCUCUGAAGUGGCGUCUCAGCUCAGCUCACCAGUAGCGGGGCCUUCGCGGAGCGACGCCGCAGGUUGCAGUGGGCGGCGGGGGAUGAUGCAGGCCAUAAAGAACGAGAGGCGGGCCUCCAAGGUCUUAGGGAUCGUCUUCUUCCUCUUCCUCAUCAUGUGGUGUCCCUUCUUCAUCACCAACGUCACCUUCGUCCUGUGCCGGGGCUCCUGCAACGAGUCGCUGCUCAACGACCUCCUCAACGUCUUCGUGUGGGUGGGCUACAUCUCCUCGGGGGUCAACCCUCUGGUCUACACCCUCUUCAACAAGACCUACAGGAGAGCGUUCUCCAGCUACAUCCGGUGCCGGUACAAGGCGGGGGCCAAUGCAGCGGGGCAGAGUUGCAAAACCCUCCUGGUGUCCCCGCCGUGCCCGUCCCAGUCCGUGACUCCUCUCCUGAUGGGCGGUCAUGGGAAAGCGGGCAUGGACCGCAACAGUAACUGUCGGAACGGCGGCAGGGGGGACAACGGGAGGCUGGCGGUGGACCCGGACGACAUGACGGACGACGACGGGACACAAAUCGGAACAGUGACACAAAGCCUCUCCGAGUGCCACAACAUUGGGAUGCUUUCGGAAACGGAGCCGGAAACGGAGGUGGAGCAGGAGCUGUCACUCAUCAGCUACAGCCCCGCCUCCAGAGAACACACAAGCAGCGUGUGACUGUACUUUUUUUUAGUUUGAGCUACAUCUUCUAUUUGAAAACCUGCAGAUUCUGGGCCAAGAGGAAAUUUGCCGAUGAUGAGUUUUUUUAGUUGGUGAUUAUUGGCACAGGAUGGAGGAUGGGAACCUAAUCCCAAGUCGACCAAUUGGAGGGAAAACCACCAAUUACUUGGGGUCAAAUUGUUGGUUUUUACACAAAAAAAAAAGGCGAACAGGUGCUCUGAGGGAACAGAAUGAGAUGGACUUCAGCAGAAAUCCAAAAGAACUUAGUCUCAUUGUUGACCUGGGAUGAAGUCAAAGGCCCUCGAUAGAGUCCUAAUGAUGCAGGUUACAGAGUGAUGAGGUCUAAAUGGAGUCAAACUAUAACUUCAAGCCUCCAGUCCAAGACUCCGCACCAAGCAAAACCAAACCAAAAUCUAUUUUUGUGCCGGGUCAAGCUUGACAUUAACGGUCCUAAAAAUAUAUAUCUGAAUGAACCUUUCCAGCAUGUAUAAUCAAACUAUUCAACCGACAGAAAUGAGUUUUCUUUUUUUCUCGAGAGGAAAACUUUCUCAAGGCUGCAGUCUAAAAGUUUGUCUGCAGAGGACUGAGAGAUGAAGGAAUGUACGACCACCGGGUCUCGGGUGGACUCACAGUGCCAUCUGGUGGUGGCAUGACACACAGAUAGGUUGCAUCCCCUUUGCAUUGAACAAGGGGGUUUUAAAGAGCUAAAAAAAUAAAAAUAAAGAGAGGAAAAAAAUGGCGCAGGCCUUUUGGUCCAAUACACCUCGUCUGGCUCUUGCUUGUUUUGACCAAAAACAUCGAAUCAGAGUCCCAAAAUCGAAAGGUUUCUACUGAAAACAAAGUCUGAAAUAAGAGGGAGAAAUCUCUUAGUAGUCAUGUUGAAAAUUAGAUGUGAAGUUUGUAAUGUAAGGGUGCACAAAUGUUCCUAAGAUGUCAUUCUUUUAAGGGGAAAAAAUAUAGAUUUAUGACGUUUGGUUAUUAAUGUUAGUUUUAUCGAUUAGCUUUCAUUGUUGCACAUUUACCCCUUAAACCAAAAUGAAGGUCCAAGUUUUUUUUUUUCUCAUGUUACAAUGAACGCUUUAUUUCCCCCCCAAAAGAAAUUAAUUAACAAAUCCCAGAAAAUCAUAAAAGCCACAUUUUCUCACCAAGAAUGAGACACUGAAAUGUGCCCAAGCAGCUCUUCCUUAAUUCCACCACAUGCAGUGAAUCAAUCACAGUAAUGAAGCAGAAAAGAGAAGUUAAGACAUCAGCCCACAGCCUGUUAAUCGUCCAUCCAACAGUUAUCAGCCUACUUGAUAUACAUGUCAUAUUAUCAGCUAACAUCUUGGAAUAUUUUGCAUCAUCUGAGGGCAGAAAGAGGGCCGUUUAAGAUUCAUAGCAUCGCCUCUAAAGGGUAAUUUCUUUGACGACUGGAAUAGAAAGUUCUCUAUGCAUGGUCAGCCAUUAGUUCAGUUCUUUUCUCUCCAAAAAAAACCCUUUGUUUGUGUUGUUUAUUUAUCAAGCUCUGUAGGGCAAAUUUCCUUCAAAAUAAAAUGCUGAAAGCCAGACAAGAGAAUGUUCAAAUUUAGGCAAUGAGCGUUGGGUUUAAAUAUAGACUUUUACAUGUGAGGGCCUUUGCUGAUGGUUUCAAGGAUGGAAACCUGUCCAACGUGUCAAAAAUAAUUGUCAUUUUGACCUCUGACAUCUAAGUCAGACUCUUUAAUGUCCGACCGCUCUACAAUUGGUUCAGCUUAUGUCGUAAGAUUCCAUCAGUCGCAUGAAACAGACAGGAAAUCGAUAGACUAUGAGACAGACCCCUGACUCUAUCAAGACGGGUCAGCAGGCCUCUCAACUCGGUCACUGAUUUUUUUUAAUAUUUUUUUUUGCCUUCCUCCCUCUCACAUUCAUCGAUGUCUUGACAGGCCGUCUGAUGCCUCCACACUGCGUCUCUAUCAGCCAAAAAUAACUGCAAUGUAGUGCUUUAGAAAAAUCAUUAAAUGUGUGGAUACCUUCAUAGACAAACAAGUUCAACCAUGCUGCAUCAUCCCAAAUGAUUUCAAUUCAGGAGAUGCAAAUUCAGAGAGUAUGGAAAAGUCCAAUCAGGAUGGAAAGAAGCCAAAAGCCCCAAAUACAAGUAUGAACAGCAAACCUAUGCUACGACACCACACUAUAUGAUAAAAUACGGUACGAUACGAUACACAAUUCUUAAUUCAUUUGUUCUGAAUUUGCAGUCUAUUUCCUCAAAUGGAAAUUAAUUUGGGCUGUUGCAGUAUUUUUUCACUUCUCAACCACCAGAGUUAAGAAAUCCUUUAGGAAGAUAUAAUUGGAAUUCGUCGGCAUACAGUGAUUUGCUAUGUCAUGAAAGUUCAAUAGAGGUAAAUGGUUAAAAGUGAAAUACAUACAAGUCAAUUAAGAGAUCACUUAAAAAAGAGAAACCCAACCAACUUUCCUUUCAGAUUCAGCUCAAUCGUCCAACAUCUAAUUAGGAUUGGGAGAUCAUUGGGGUUAUCUUGGCUUGAACAGUGAGGUCAUCUGGGUUGUCUUAGUUUCUGUGCUGAAGUCUUCAGGGUGUUUUCGUCAUGAUGGGUUUCUCUGAGGUUAUUUUUGACUCUAGUGGUUAACUCAUUUGAAGUCAUGAUGUCAUCAGGGGGUAUGUCAGCGAGAAACUAUUAUUUUUAUCAGCUCCUUCUUAAAUGCUUUAUAUGCGAAAAUAACUCUGUGAGUCAUGACUGUCUACAAUGGGUGUAACACCUGAGUCCCACUGUCUGUGAUGUUUUCAGAGUUUUCAGAGUCCUAUCUUCACUUUGUUUACAUCGCCGGGACGGCCGGCCAACUCAUCCCCUCGCGAAUAAAAGUUGUUUAAUAGAGGGACUAGAGAAAAGAAGAAUAAUAUAUUGUACUCACUGCCUAACUGUGUUUCUAGAUCACGCUCAUUUCAGGUAAAUUUACAUGCAGUGUGAAGAUACCAGCAUAAUAAAGAUCGCUAGCAUUAGCAUGCUAACACUACAAUGCACUGAGAGUUGUUUUGGUUUCAUGCUGGCGACAUCUGCUGGAUCAAAAAAUCGCAUAUAAAGCCUUUAAGGAUGCAUUUAGAAUGCAGCCCGAUGAUACUAUGAUACUGAAAGAUGCUUUCAAAAUGCAUUAUGGGAAUUGUAGUGCUUUUGGAGAUGUACGCAUGCUAAACCUUAAAAAGACAGGAUAUCCCCGCCUUCAACUGCUUUGAUUUUGACGAAUCUCUGUUGAGUUUAUUUGUUUUAGUCCCGACACUUAAUGGAAUGCAACAUGAUUUUUUUUUAUGGAGUGCCCUUUAAUUGCAAAAAAAAAAAAAAAAGAUUGAAUGACAUAUUUGAUGUGUUUGUGUCUCUUCCUAACUAAGCUAUAAAACAAAAAAAUGGAAUCCUCCCCAGUGAUCAAUUGAUCAUUUUGGUAAUAAUUCUUUCAGAUUUAGGACAUCAAAGAACUACCAGCACCUGAAUGUACAACACUUUUUUUACCCAUCAUCUCCCAUUUGAGGUCAAAAAGCAAACGUCAAAAGCCUGCGGUGGACCAAUAGAAUUCAAAGCCUGAGGUCUGCAGCCGCCUCUGCAUUCAAUUAGAAUGAAACAAAACAACCGGGAGUCGCUUCAUUCUGAUUCAAUGCCUCUCUGUAUAAUUGAUCCACUAUUUGUAUGCUACAGGCUCACACAGUGGUCCUUUGCACCACUUCUCUCUCCACAAAGAGAGGUCUACAUGAGCUAAUGUCGACGAGCCGGCAACCACGGCUUGGCCUACAAAUAUCAUGCAUGUUUGAAGCGACGUUCAAAAAGGUCCUCUCUGCCUCACUUUUUUUUGUUUUCUUGAAGGAAUAAAACAGAGCAGGAGAGAGAGAACAAACGCAGGGCAAUCGACAGAAUGCAUAUUGCACACUGCAGUCAUUUAAUCUUUUAUGAGAAUGAAAGAAUCCCAACAGGAACAAAACAAAAAAAUCAGAGGACAAAAUGGAGAAGAGAGGACUCUCUGAACGUUUUUUUCAAACGGGUCGCCUGAUUUGAUCCGUCCAUCCAGGUGUGGUGCGAGCAAAGAGCUACAGCCGGGGCCAGCCAACUCAGUAUGUCGCAAUGUAAUAAUUACAUGUUCCCCCCGUGUUGUUGCUGUGUGUGUCUACCAGACCUGGCUCAAAAUUGCCAUCUGAGAUUGAUUUAGUAACUUUUCUUGGGGUUUUUUAUCGAUCGUGUCUGGCGCAAUGGAUUGAAUCAGUGGGGUCGUCCCCCGUAGAUGCCAAUCCUGUUCCGGCUUCGGGGGUCCAGACAGAUGAAAGCAAUCACUCAGUGAAGGUGUCUGAAAGAAUUUCUGCUAAUAAUUCGAUCCAGGUCUGGUGUGUGUAGAAAUAGUUUGAGCCGUUUAUUGACAGAGUUUUAUCUUAUUGGAUUUAAGGAGGGCUCGUUUGGACUCUUUCAACAUCCAGGACUAUUUGUUGUUGGUUGCCAGGGUAACGUGUGGGGGUAGGAACAGCUUGAGAGAAAUACUGUAGUACAUUUAAAAAUGCUCUAACUUCCUGAAUGAGAUAUUUGAGCUCAAACAAUUGGAGCCAUGGCCAUCAAACGUUUUCAUACAAACCUAGGGUACCUAAAGACGCCAUUGACUCAUCCGUCUCACUUUUCUUCCCAAACCCUGAAACUCUGUCACUAAACGCCUCUCUCAGAAUUACAGCCAGAGCCGCAGCUUGUUCAAGAGUUUGGCAAAUCCCCACAUUGGACUCUUGACUCUUGAACCAUCCGAUGCUCAUGUGCAUUGACGCGGAUGGGGUUGUCUGGUUUGUCUCGCUCUUGUCUGAUCCAACGCUCAUUGGUUGGCAUUAUCUCUCUUUUAUUUUUUUUUGUAUGUUAUGCAGUGGCUGUUUUUUUUAUACCAUUUUAAUUGUGAAUGUUUGUCUACGACAUAUCUUUCUUGAGUUUAUACAAUAAUUCUGCCAUCAUCCACACAAUGUAUAUUUUUCUUUUUUUUCUGUGUGAUGCUGCUAUUUAUUUAUUAAAAUAUUAUUCUAAUGUGUGGACAAUUGUCAUAUUUGCAUUUUAACUUUAAUGCCCAUCUUACAUCUGCCCACAAUGGACCAGACUCUCAGAGUCAGGUCUCUAAAACAGCUGAU